AUGGCUGUGGCGGUGGCCGCGCCGGUGGUGAUCGGGCUCGUCGCGGAGGCGGGAGUCGGCGGGGGUGGGGACGGGGGCGGGCCGCCAUUGGAGGUCGCUGGGAGUGAGGUGCCGCCGCCGGUCGAGGUCGACGGGAAGGGGGCGCCGCCGGUGGAGGGAGGGGUGAAGUGGCUGGGGCAUUACUCCUCCACGCAGGACAUACUGCUCGUCGGCGACGGGGACUUCUCCUUCUCGCUGGCUCUGGCCACCGCGUUCGGCUCCGGCGCCAACCUCGUCGCCACGUCCCUCGACACCUACGAGACUCUGAAGAGCAAGUACAGCAAAGCAGAGUCAAAUAUAACAAAUCUGAAAAGAUUGAGUGCCACGGUGUUGCAUGGUGUUGAUACGAAAAAGAUGAAGUUACACCCUGACUUGAAGAAAAGAAGGUUUGAUCGAAUUGUCUUUAAUUUUCCUCAUGCUGGCUUCAAAGGAAAAGAGGACGACAUGCAUAUGAUCAACUCACACAGGGAGCUGGUGUGGGGCUUCUUCAACAAUGCGCUCCACCUUCUUCGGCCUUAUUGUGAAAUCCACAUCAGCCACAAGACAGGAGGGGCGUACGACAGAUGGGAUAUUGAGGACCUAGCCUUCGGGGCUUCUCUUGUUCUGGUUGAGAAAGUUGCUUUCCAACAGGAAGAUUACCCUGGGUAUAACCAAAAGAGAGGAGAUAGUGCAAGGUCCGACGAAGCUUUCGAUCUAGGCACUUGUUUCACAUUCAUGUUCCGGAUCAGAGACUUGAAUUGGAAGAAACUGAAUGGAGACAUGGCUAGUUCAGUUGGGAUCAUGGCUCUGGCAACUGAAAGAGGCCCAUUUCACCUGUUUCCACCUGAUGAAGCAUGGCCUCGGCAACGUCUUCCUCCACCAGUUAACGCAGUUCACAUGCCGACAACUGUGGAGCUUGAUGGAGUUGCUCAAAGUCAACAUCCAGAUUUUGCACUGAACUUUGAUGGCACAGUGAGAGACCCGUAUUUUCAACAACCGGGCAAUACCGGGCCAAUGCUCGGAACCCCAGGGCUAUUGGUGAAUGCUUUGCACAAUCUAGGUGGUGCCAUUUGUCCACCAAUGAGCAGAAUCCCAUGUCCUGAUCUCCUCGCACCUCAGGAGAAGCCUUGGUAUCAACAUAGACCUACUGCUGAUGCUCCAGGAAGGGAUCAGUGUUACUUGGCACGGGAAAACCAGUGGGGUCUGCAGAGGGAGUAUGAAAUGCAGGGACAUGUGAUGCCCGCGGAGAGCCAUUCUGCCUUGUUGGAACAUCAGCGCAGGGACUGGGAGUUUGUUCAGGAGGACCGAAGGAUGGUUAUUUUUUCUGGUGGGAUGUGGUGAACCGUCUUUGGGAGGUGUACGUGUAGAGCUCCAGAAUAGAGGAGCUGGGCCUCUCCAAAUCACACGUGCAA